GACAUCUACCGGACGAAGCGGUGGAUUGUGCUGGUCAUGGAAAGAUUGAAGGGUGGAGAGCUUUUCGAGCAGAUCGCCAAGAAACGAUUUCUGAAGGAGCUGGAAGCGAAACAUGUGAUGCGCCAGAUCAUCUCGGGUCUAUCCUUUCUGCACGGAAAGCACAUCGCCCAUCGCGACCUGAAACCGGAGAACAUCUUGAUCUCCACCAGUAGACCAGCUGAGCCUCCCAACCAGGACUGCGUUUUGCUCGACAUCAAAAUUGCGGACUAUGGUCUGUCCAAAUACCGAGAGGAGGAGUUGAAGAGUUUAGUGGGAACUCCGCAAUAUUGGGCGCCCGAGAUGCUCAUGGGCCGUGGCAAGGACGCGUACGAUGAGCGCGUAGACCUAUGGAGUCUGGGCGUGCUGCUCUAUGUCAUGCUGUAUGGUCGAUAUCCCUUUAAAGGGGAGCGUGCCAAUGAGCAGAUCAAGGCGGGCGUCUUUGAUCUCAGCCACCCGAAGAAUGAACCUUCGGACGAAGCCAAGGAUCUCAUCAGGAAGUUGCUGAAAGUGAACGCCAACGAAAGGCUCUCGCUGAAAGAGUGUUUGGAGCAUCUCUGGCUGUCAGAGGCCGGGUUGUCCGCCGCCCGUGUGGCGGCCCCCCCCGCCACCGUCAGCGGGUCCACGGUCACCGUCAGCGGGUCCGGCAGCAGCGACGCGGCCGCGGCGGCGACGCAGGCGCUGGUAGUGGCAGAGGGGCGGCGGCAGCUGCCGUUGGACCUGAAGCAGCUCUUAAAGUUACAGAUGUCCCUGGGUCGCUCUCUGCAGCUGGCCUGUUUAGCGUGUCGUCAGAGCCACCCCCGGCUGUCUGCCAUGAUUCGGCAAACCAUCACGCAGGCAUACAUGCUUUGGCAGCACGCCUUGAAGGUGGUCUCACAAUAUGGUCAGGAAGCUCAACCAGACUUGGGUGUGGAUCUGCUGGGAAUGGUGGAAGGUUGGAUCCAAGAAAUGACCGCGGAUGGCGACACCACGCGGCGACUCUGCGAUGAGUUGGCCAAACAGAUGGGGGAACUGAUCUCGCAGGCACAACAAGAGCGUUUGCUCACUGAGGCGGUGCGGCCGGAGCGGUCCUCGCUACGACAUGAUGCCAUCACCCAUCAAGCGGAUCAGAGGAGGCAAGCAUUGCUGGAUGGUUUGGUGGAUUUCUGCGAGCAAAUGUCCAAGGGGAACGGCACUGCAGACGAAAAAAGUCAAGAACUGGUGGAGCUGCUUUUCAUGAGUCCUGGCAUGGCCGCGCCCCAAUCCUUGGAGCCUCCCUUGCCAGAAAGCAAGAGCACCAGCAGCGAAGACGGCAAAGCCGAUGCGACGGGUGCUCGGAAUGGCUACAUCGUGGAAGCUCGGGCGCACGCUUGGAAUGAGGAGCCCCGGCGCGCCGACUCCAACGCCACGCCCUCUUCGGGUCCCGUGUCGCUGACGCCGGAGACGCCCUCCGUGGCCGGCACCGCCGGCACCGGCGCCACGGCGACGGCCGCGGGGGCGCCGUUCUACACCGGGGAACUGGCGCUGAGACCGGUAGGCGGACCUCGCUACGAGACCGCCGCCGCAGCCGCCGCCGCCGCACAUCCCUUGCUGCGGGCCCUGUACGAACUCCAUCAGGUGAGUGACAUCUUGCGCCAGUGCACGUCCUUUUGGAGCCACAUUGAAGGCACCGUUAAGGAGUUGGCACGGUCCAAGGACCACGCCCAGUCUUUGCUGCGCUAUGCUUCCAAGAGCCACCGCCUCAAGGAGCGCUUUGACCAGCGCCUCAUGGAAUAUUCGGCCUUUUGGGCCUCGCUGUUGCUCUUGUGCGAUCAAUACUGUGCUGAGGUCCAACCUGCGUUGCAGCAGAUGUCGCAAUUCCUGCGGCAAGUCGAGGUAGACGCGAUGGGAUGGAGAUUUUCCAUGCCCAGCUAUGACUCCUAUGACGACAUGGGUCCAGGGGAGUUUCCACCGCCAUAG